AUGAAUAUUCAAUUCGAUGGAGGAUAACAAUUGGAAAAUAAUGAAAAUGAAGGAAACACUGUUCCUAAAUUCACAAAGCUUUUUGCUAGAGCAAUGGAUUAAUUUAGAUUGAGAGUGUUUUUCUUAUUCCUUGAGAGAUUAUACUUAAUAAUCAGCAUGUCAAUUAUUUUAGUUUUAUUAUCAUUACAAAAUUGUGGGUGGGAUGACUUACAUUAUUGGGUGUUAUUUAGCAAUCUCCAAGCUAUAUUUAGUUUAGUUUUAUAUGGAUAAUUAUUUCAUUUCUCUAAUAUACAAUAAAUUUAAUAGCAUUUAGCUUUUCAUUAUGUUUAAAUAGUAUUUGUUCCAAUAAAUGAAGUGACAGAUCAUCCAAUAGCUCCAGAAAGUAUUAAAUAUUAAUUAUAAUAGUUUUUGAUCCAACUGCAAACUUAUCAACAAUGGAAUUAGAUAAAAAGGCAGAAGUAAUGUAAUUGUAAAUAAGAUAAGAGAUCGUUAAUUAAAGUAAAUUUUGCAAAUACAAUAACAUCUUUAGCAAUGCAACAAAUUAGGCAAUAUUUAUUUGGACAAUUUAUUAUAUUAUAGCUAUCCCUGGUUAGAAUGAUUAAGAAUGUAAUAAAUGGCCAAUUAUUCAAAUUUAUAUAUAUGGAUCUUUAUUAUUCUUAUAAUAUUCUUAGUAUUAUUUACUAGCUGCUUUGGCAUUAGUGAUGCUACCUUUUAUUUUGGUUUAUCUAUUAAUUAGAUGUUUUACUGAUAGAUAAAAGAAAUAAUAAGCUUUGAAGGCAUUAAAUGAAUUAUAGAAAAAUAAAAUUUUAUAUAAGCCUAACAUUAUUGAAGGAGAAUAAGAAUGUUCAAUUUGUAUGUAGCCUUAUUAAACUGAUGAUGAAAUCUUAUAAAUGUCUUGUAGUAAACUUCAUCAUUUUCAUAAUACAUGUAUUUCUGCAUGGUUAUAAAUCCAAUCAACUUGUCCAAAUUGCAGAUAAUAAUUGUUGCCAGAUAAUUAACAACCACUUCUUUAGCAACCAUAACAAUAAGAAGAAUUUUGA